AGCGACAAUUAUUUAGCGCUUAAAAUUGAACUUGAAGUCGAAACGAUCAUUUUUUCCCCUUUUUUCAAUGUGGUUGGGCGGUGUUGUUUGUGUUAGAAAUUCUUUGUGACCCGCCUGUACGUACACGCCUACUGCAUUGGCGCUCCCCGAUCAGUACGUGUACCUCCCUGAAAUUUCCCACGUUCCAUAUAUUAAAAAUGGAGUUGAAAUAUUACAGACAGAUUAAAUUAGAAUUUAAAAUAUCAUUUUAAAGUCUAAAAUUAUCUCUAAUCUUAUAUAAGCUAAAAGUGAAAUUAACGUGAUCAUAGGAAACUAGUCGAACUCUUUACACUAGCGUAAUCGUUUCCUCCCUGAGGGCAGUACUACCUGACACGUUUUCCCCAGAAAUAUUCUUCCGCGGGUAGGUCGUCAGUCGCCAUUGCAGCUCCAUGUCUGCAGUAGCGAUUCCCGAUAUUCUGAUGUUUUAAAGUGAAAUGACCAGUGUGGCGUCACGUAAACAGCAGCAAGAAUACGUCGUUCCUACUAGCAACUCGCAGGACAUCCAACCGUCCCCGUUGGCGCUCCUGGCCGCUACUUGCAGCAAGAUCGGGUCACCAACGGACGAGGGUGGUUCCCAGGGUGCGUCCCCUGUCAAAGUAGUGGGUCCCAAUCAAGUGAUUCAGUCCGGAGAAAUCAUCGCCACGGCCACCGGAGCCCACCUAGUCCCCUUCCAGUCACAGACAGUCGGAGUCCUGAAUCCAGACGGCACAGUCACACAGGUCACGGGUGUCAACCAACAGACAGCCGCGGCCACAAAUGUUCAUGUCUCAGGCAACGUGGCUGCACUUAAAAGCAUUCCCACCGUAGCCACUGCACAAAAUGUGGCAUCAGUCAACGGUCAAGUUUUUCCACAAGGUACACAACUUGUGGCGGGAAAUCCAGGUAAUAUUACCUACAAUGUUAUACCAGCUCAGCAAGUCCAAAAUGUGCAAAUUGAUGGACAAGAUGCAAUAUACAUACCAGCUGUGCCACAGGCAUUCCAGAUUUCUGGCAAUCAAAUAAUUCAAGCUCCAGGCGGCCAGACUUUUCUUAGAGCUCAAGGUGUUCCAGCAUCCACAUCCGUCCAGAAUGGAACACAAGCAGUGCUCCAAGGAAUGACUGGUGCUGUUACGCAGAUUGGUGGACAAAAUGUUACAAUCCGACAAGGUAAUGUGGUACAAGCCUUGCAGUUACCUAUGCCUAUUCAACAAACUAUUCCCGUUCAAGUGCCUAUAUCAACUGCGAAUGGACAUACUGUGUUACAGACUAUUCAUGUUCCAAUUCAGACUGUACAAGGUGUUCCAGGAGCUAAUGUUUUACAAUCUCAAGCGCAACCUAUAACUCUAAAUGUUCCAGCUCACAUGUUGUCACAACUUGCUUCACAGAUGGGUCCACUCGCUCAGCUUACUGGCCAGCAAGGUCAAAUCCAGCAACUGCAAGUUGCUACUCCUGUUCACAUGUCUCAGGCCAGCUCUCAAGCUGCUACUUCUACGACAUGGACAACAUCAAGUGGGACAUCUGUCAACUCAUCAUCAGAAGUUACAAAUUCCAGUCAAGGGCAAGCUAUUCAAACUACUGCUGUCUCCUCUGGAAAUGCUGCACAGCAACAACAACAGCAACAGCCAAUGCAACUAACUAGUUUUCAGCUACCAAAUGGUCAAGUUGUUCAAGGUCAAAUUAGUCAGAUAAUUACUAAUGGAGGUGGAGCAGCAUGGUGGCCUAACUCUCCAAUCAGCGUUCAAAACCUCACUGGUCUCAGGCCUGCUAAUGUAAUUCAGGUACAGGGUUUACCUAUAGCUGGAUUACAAGGGGUCCAAGUGCAGGGAGGUCAAACUCAGCAAAUUAUUGCAAAUGCCCAAACACUACAAAGUCUUGGCUUAGGAGCCAAUGUUAUUGCAGCAAAUGCUGUUCCAUCAGCAACACAUCAACAACAAAUGGCACCUCUGAGUCCCAUUCAGGCUGUUCAUCCUGGAACACAGAUUAUAACACAGCAAUUACAACAAGAUCCAAAUGACCCGUCAAAGUGGCAAGUUGUUGCAACAGCGACAAAUGCACCUGUAAAUUCUACUCAGCAACCAACUUCAGCUUCACAGAAUCAAGCUGCCACUUCUACAACCGCCACAUCUACUGAAUCACCUUCUUCCAAUACUGAUAUUGGAUCUGGAAGAAGAAUGAGAAGAGUUGCUUGUACUUGUCCUAAUUGCAGAGAUUCAGAUGGGAGCCGAAAUCUUUUUAGGAACAGUGAAUCAAAAAAGAAGCAACAUAUCUGCCAUGUACCUGGAUGCAAUAAGGUGUAUGGCAAAACAUCUCACUUGAGAGCUCAUUUACGAUGGCACACUGGAGAAAGGCCUUUUGUUUGCAGUUGGAUGUUUUGUGGUAAAAGAUUUACACGUUCUGAUGAAUUACAGCGUCACAGAAGAACACACACAGGCGAGAAAAGAUUCCAGUGUGCUGAAUGUCUUAAGAGGUUUAUGAGGAGUGAUCAUCUUUCUAAGCAUUUGAAAACACAUUUAACUAAAAAGUCUUCUUCUGUUGAUAUCAAAAGUGAAGGAGAAAUUUCUGAAGACAUAGCACCAGAUAGUUGCGACUUGUCUAUGACUGUUGAUAUGGAUCCUGAUAAUGAUUUAUCAAUCAAUGAAAAUGUUGUUGAGAGUUCUCAAAACAUAUAAACAUUAUCAUUCUUCAGAUUUUAAAUUCUGGAUUGUUUUUCUCUUUUUGUGUAAAACUUAGUACAAACUCUACAAACAUGAAUUCAUGUGUGAUUUUAUUAUUUUUUCAUCACUUGUACAGAUAAUUGAUAUAGUGACUAUUGCUAUUCAGUAUAUCAAUUUAGCAUUGUUACUUGAAUUAUGCAGUUAAUUUUAUUGUAGAAGUUGAUGUGAAUAAAAACAAAUAAAAUGCUUUUUAAAAGCAUGUGUACUGUGAUGCAAUUGUUCCCAAACUUCUACAAGGACCAAUAAAAUUAAAAUCAUUAGUAAAAAAAAAAAAUUUCAAUAAUGUUUUCAAAAUUUUUUGGUAUUUUAUAUUUCUCCAGAUAAGUUAAAAUGUGGAGAUUUUUUUCAUAACAGUUUUUGUGAUGAAUGGAUUUUUAAAACAUUCGUAUUUCAUUUUUUCUGUGUGUGAAAUUAUUUGAGAUAUUUAUGGUGACUUUAUUGAAAGUUUACAUAUAUUUUCCCACAUCAUUGCCAUAAUGUUUGUUGAAAAUUGCAAGCACUGAGCUUACAAAGUUUCUCAUUUUUAAAUAUUGUUUACUCAUCCAUCAGAAAUUUGAGCAUGUUUUAUUUGACUGCUUUAAAUUGUGACUAUUUAAUUUAUUAUUUAAAGAAAAGCUUAUGUUUGAUAGAGUAAAUUUUAUAUCUGGGUAACUGAAAACUGAUUUUUUUUUAAUCACUUCAAAAGGGAUUUCUUUAAAAUUACAAUUUUUUUACUUCUGGAAGGGGGGGGGGGAGACCUGUCUUGUAAGUUUUUCACUAGUUCUGUUGCUGACAUUCAUAUAAACAUCAUUGGCUUCAAGUAAAAAAUUUAAACUCAGAAAUAAUUUUAUCUGUAAUUUCCAAAUGUGUGUUCAGCCUCUGUGGGAAGAUUUUUUUAAAUUUUUUAUUUUUUUUUAUUUUGCGUGGUUAUUAAUUAGUUGUAAUAUUUCUAUUAUAUUCAGUAUUGAAAUGGUUUUAGUUUGAUUGAUAAUUUGCAUAUUCUGUGAAACUGACAAAUAAAAAUGCUUUUUUUUUUUGUUGUGGAAUUCACUUUAUGGAAUUUGUGUUUUGAUAUUUUUUAAAAAUUAAUAUUUGUUUUUGACAUGCCAUCUUCUUAAUGGUAAAUAGAACAAAUGUUCCUAGAAAACCUAUUUUAAAAUAAUGUUUGUACUAAAGUUUCAUGUUAAAAAUCUGUAUAUUUUGUCUAUUCUUAGUAAGUAUUUUGAAUUUUGUUGUACAACUUUCUUUUGUUAUGUUAAGGAAAUUUCUGAAUGCAUAAUUAUAGAAAGUUAUGAUCUUUUUCUCUUUAUUUUUACUGUGCUUUUAUUAUUCACAAAUAUUUUUCGUUACUGAAGGCUUAUGAAUGGUUUCUUUUAAGCGAACUGAAAGGAAAAUAUAUUUUUUGGUUUGCUUAUUUUAACUAUUCCUAUCACUGAUAAUAUUUCAAGAGGGCAGGAGGAAAUUUGAUCCUUGAAUUUUAAAUAUUAAGGUAGAGAGAAAAUAUACUUAAAUUUUUAUUUUUUUAAAUAAAAUGAAAUUCUCUAGAAAUAAUUAAAAGAAAUGUUCCAUAAUCUUAAAACUUAAUUAGUAUUUACUUAAAUUAUCUUGAAAGAUAUUAAUUUCUCUAACCUAAAUUUUAUAUCAAAAGCACUCAAUUUUAUCUUGGGUCCUAUGUUUUUUCCUUCUGUAAAUUUCUAAUGAAAUUAGAUCUUUAGAUUGUUUUCAUUUAUUUAUAUUGAAAUAUAUAAGUUAUGAAUUUACUUAACCCUUAAUUCAGUCUUUGAGCAAUUAUAAAAAGGCUGAAAAACAGGUAUUGCCUGCCUCUGAUUGGUUGGUAGAAGUGGCACAAGAAAUGAAUUAUACCAAAUGAGUGUUUAAAAAAUUCAAGGUGAAUCAAACAAAUGUGAAUCAUAAUUUUUCACAGUUCGCAUUAAAGAUAUAUCAGUGAUGAGAAGCAGAAAAAUAGUGUUUUAAGACAUGCAAUACACAAUUAAUAUUAUCUCACUCUAUUUCAUGCUCUUUUUUCCUUUCAGCAAAUGCAUUUGUCUGAGGUCCAAAAUUAACUAAUGCUCAGAGCCAUACUACACACUUUUUUUCAGUUAUGUUUAGGUUUGUUAGUAAAUAAGAGUUUUAAAAUUCAUAACUUAAAAUGCUUUGUGUGUCAGUUUAAGUCAGCAUAAGUUAUGAUACUUUGUUAAAUGUACCAACUAAAUUGUAAUAUAUUUAUGUUAAGAAUGCUACGUUUUUGUAUAGCACAUUAUAUUUUAGAUUAAUAUCAUUUCAAUAAUUCCUAGAGUAUUUGAAUCUCCUCUUCUUUUUUUUUUUUUAUUUCUAUGUGUUUUUUUUUUUUGUUAGGUGUUACUUUUUAUUAACAUUUUGUUUUCAUAUCGCCCAGUCAAUCAAUCAAAACAAAUUACUAUACAUUUCCUUUAUGUUUUUUUCAAAUAUUUGCCUUCUUUCCAUUCAAAUCUUCACUGAUUAUGAUAUAUAUUUCAGAUAGUGACAGUUUGGCGUUUUAUUACAGAAAUUUUCAUUAGUAAUUUAAAAGUAUAGUUUAAGGCAAAUGAUAUUUUACCCUAUAUAAAGUAUAAUUUUUUUGUUUUGCUUUUUGAAUUGUACUAAAAUAAUAUUUAUAAUUCCAAAAAGGAACGGAAAUUAAUGGAUCAAAGUAUUAAAUAUCUUCAUUUUAAUUAUAUUAAACUUAGUUCUGUAUAUCAAAGCUAAUGUAUUUAUUUAUUAUGCAUUAAUUGCAUUCUAAAAAAAAUCACUUAAAAUACAUCUAAGAUCAAAUUUUUUUAACAACGAAUAAUUGUAUGUUAAUAUAAUUCAAGCAAUAUUUCAGUCUUUGUUAAAUUUUUUGUUGUAUAUCAAAAGCUUAUGAAAUUAUUGUAUUUUUUAUUGUGUAAAUAUCUUUGUUUAUAUCAUCACAUAUUGUAUUUAUUAUAUCUUUAAUAUAUAUGUCAAAUUGGUUUUGCUAAUAUAUAUCUUGUUCACAGAAAGUUGUUUUGUGAAUUAUUCUGAAUAUAUAUAUAUAACCUUAUUUUUUCCCAAAGGCUUAUUGACAUUGCCUGUGGAUCAUUAUAAGAAUUUGUAAAGAUAGUUAUCAUAAGAAAAUCUCUGUAGAUAGUUUAUUGAAUUGUACAGAAGACUGGAAUGUCUUCAUCUUUGUACAUAAUACAUAUUUCAUGAAGAGGGAAAAUAACUGGGUUGUUUAUGAACAAAAUGUUUCUAUGAUG